AGCAGCUGUGGGCCGAGCGGGCGGACUGUCCCAGGCUAUCAUGGAUGACUGCUCCUCUCUGGGCAGAGUGAGCGGCUCCACUGAAUCUGUGUCAACCGUCACCAGUGAGGAGUUUGUUCUUGUGCCGCCCACUGCUGGGGGCUCCCCCUCCAGCUCAGAGGGGAGGCCCAGGCUCAAGAUGUCGUGGAAUGGGAGUGAGCAGUUGGAGCGGGCGAUGGAGGAGGUGCUGGAUGAUGUUUGUGAUGGACCAGGAUCUGCAGAGGAGAAAGGAAGUCCUACAGCACUCAGUUCUCAGAUCAGACCACCCAGCCUGACUUUGGACACUGCUCCUCAUGAAGCAUCAGCAGCAGUUUUGGAGAGUUCAACAGAACAGGAGGAAGACAGCGUGCAGUUCAGUCAACUGUCCUAUCUUGGCUGCACCUGGGUGAAGGCCCCUCGUAACGAGACGGAGGCUCAGAAAGCCAUGGCCACCCUGCGGGCAGAGAGCGCCAUCCCCAUCCCCAUCACCCUCCAUGUGCCCAACGGUCCAGACGGUUGUGUCCGGAUUGUCGACCAGGCCACUGGAACAGAAAUUGCAUCUUUUCCCAUCUAUAAGGUGUUGUUCUGUGCCCGAGGACAUGAGGGAUCUGUCGAGAGUGACUGCUUUUCCUUCACCGAGAGCUACCGCAGCUCAGAGGACUUUCAAAUCCACGUCUUCUCCUGCCAUAUCAAAGAGGCUGUUAGUCGCAUCCUCUAUAGCUUCUCAACGGCCUUCAAGCGUUCGUCAAAAGCUGCCACAGACAUGCAAGACUCAGUGUUGCCACUUUCCCCUGAUGGCGAUAUCUUCACCUUCACCGUUUCUCUAGAAGUGAGAGAAGAUGAUGGCAAAGGAAACUUCAGUCCAGUUCCCAAAGACAGAGAUAAAUAUUACUUCAAGCUUCGUCAGGGUGUACAGAAAAAGGUGGUGGUCACCGUCCAGCAGAUGACCAAUAAGGAGCUUGUAAUAGAGAGGUGGGUUUUGGGAUGUGGGAGUUCAUGUCAGAAAUUCAGAUAUUUUCAGUUCAUGCAGAAAAACAAGCAGGUAUACAUGACAGUGGCAGUGGACCUGGUGGUGACCGAGGUUGUAGAACCUGUUCGGUUCCUCAUGGAGGCGCUAGUGCGGGUCUAUCCAGCUAAUGAGAGAUUCUGGUAUUUCAGCAGGAAGGCCUUCUCUGAAACGUUUUACCUCAAGCUCAAACAGGGAUACUUGCUUGCUAGGCAUAGUGACAGUGAGAUCUCUAGCGGGACAGGAGAUGUGUCGAAGGACUGUCCUGAGAAGAUUCUGGAAUCCUGGGGAGGGAUCCUCAACAGAUGGCAAGGAAACCUGUUGACACGACCCAAGGGUCUGUCUGCUCUGGUGAAGCCUGGGAUCCCGGAGGCCUUACGAGCUGAAGUCUGGCAGCUCCUGUCUGGCUGCCACAAUGAUCAGCCUCUGCUGGAGCAAUACCGCAUCCUCAUCACCAAGGACUCCGCUCAGGAAGCCGUCAUCACCAGAGACAUCCAUCGCACCUUUCCUGCUCACGACUACUUCAAAGACUCAGGCGGCGAUGGCCAAGACUCUCUCUACAAGAUCUGCAAGGCUUAUUCUGUGUAUGAUGAAGAGAUUGGAUAUUGCCAAGGUCAAUCAUUUUUGGCAGCCGUAUUACUUUUACAUAUGCCUGAAGAGCAAGCUUUCUGCGUGCUGGUGAAGAUCAUGUACAACUACGGUCUUCGAGAGCUCUACAGAAACAACUUUGAAGAUCUUCACUGCAAGUUCUACCAGCUGGAGCGUCUGCUGCAGGAGCAGUUGCCUGACCUGUGGUCUCACUUCCAGGACCUGAACCUGGAGGCCCAUAUGUACGCGUCCCAGUGGUUCUUAACACUGUUUACCGCCAAGUUCCCUCUCUGCAUGGUCUUCCAUAUCACCGACCUGCUCCUGUGCGAGGGGUUGAACAUCAUCUUCAAUGUGGCGCUGGCUCUUCUGAAGACCUCCAAGGAAGACUUGCUUCAAGCUGAUUUUGAAGGUGCGCUGAAAUUUUUCCGGGUCCAGCUCCCAAAACGCUACAGGGCGGCAGAGAAUGCUCGGCGCCUGAUGGAGCAAGCUUGCAAUAUCAAGGUGCCAACAAAGAAGCUUAAGAAGUUUGAGAAGGAGUAUCAGUCUCUGAGAGAGAGCCAGCUGCAGCAGGAAGACCCUAUAGACCGAUAUCAGAGAGAAAACCGGCGGUUGCAGGAGGCCAGCAUGCGUCUGGAGCAGGAGAACGAUGAUCUUGCCCAUGAACUGGUGACCAGCAAGAUAGCACUGAGGAAUGACCUGGACCAGGCUGAGGACAAAGCUGAUGUUUUAAACAAAGAACUGCUCAACACUAAACAACGCCUGGUAGAGACCGAGGAGGAGAAGAGAAGGCAAGAGGAGGAGACGGCACAGCUGAAGGAAGUGUUCAGAAGAGAGCUGGAGAAAGCGGAGUUAGAGAUCAAGAAGACCACAGCCAUCAUAGCCGAGUAUAAACAAGUAUGUCCAAGUGUCCCCUAUGUCACAGUUACUUUAAUGUUGUUUGUUCAUGUACUGCACCAGGAGCUGGAGCAUCAGAGGGGUGUUUUGAUGACUGAGGUCCAAGCUGCCAAAAACUCCUGGUUCAGUAAAACACUGGGCUCCCUCAAGAAUUCAGCCAGUAACCAGUCACCCUCCUCACCCAAAGAGGGCCAGUAGGACUCGCCAAGGGCUUAACCAACGGGUACAGGAGCGUGACCCUUCCACUUGGCCAAGCAGAGUAGAAAACAAGCUCUAAUAAACACUACUAGCAACACAACAUGGUAAUGCAGUAUUCCCUCACAUGGACUAAUGAACGACUUCCACAUGCAUUUAACAGUCUGUUAUGAUUUCCUUAGCUUGUGAUGCUGUCUACUGGACAGUAACAGUACUACAGUGAUAAUUAUUACAUUUAUCAAUGUUCAUCCAGCUAUCCGCUUCUGCAGUGGAUUUUUUUGUUAGUAAACAGUCAGUUCUAGCAUGUAAGUACAUUCUAGUAAGUACAUAAACUUUGACCUUUAGCUGCCAAUUCAAAGGUUUUUUAUUCUCAAAGGGAAUACUGCAUUCUGCUAACAAUAAAAGUAAAAAAUUGUUUUGUGUUUCUAUAUAUAAAUAAUAAAUGUAACAGGUUUGUCGUAUAAAUGUGUAUAACUAAAUGUCGAUUUUUAUUUUGAUCUUGUACAGUUCUGAAAGAAGUGUUGCAUUAUUUUUUACGAUUUUGAAUAUGAAUGUGCUCUUUAUAAAUGUCAAAUGCCGAAAAGCACAGACAAAUUGGCCAUGUAUCACAUGGCAUUCCCUCCGUCCGUUUUCGCAGUUUUAAAUUGCUGUAGACUGUUUGGGGUUCCGUUUCGCUGUGAGCAGAUCACAUGAUUUAUCAGACGACGCAGACCUUGACGUUGUGGCCACACAAUAUUGACCUCCCAAGUCGCACAUACUGCUUGUUUUAUGUUAUUUAACAGGUAUUCAUGAGCGCUUGGGUGACAGAUGCCAUGCGGAAAUCAAGAACGUGUCAAUAUGUCUCUUUUUUGUUCUUUUUUUAUUUUUUAGGGAAAGACGUAAACCAGGUCGCACAGAUGUAUCGUUGAGAUCAUUGUGACUUUAAAGCCAUGUGGAGUCAGUCUGCGUUUCAUUUUUUCUUCUGCUAUUUGUUAGAAUGUCCAUAUUAAUAACUUCCCUUCAUGUGUUAUUUCACAAAGGGGAGUGAAAUAAUCUGCAUGGCUCUUAUUCACACUAACAAGUCGC